AGUCUUAGUGGAGUAUAUUUUUAUUCACUGGGUGUCAUCUGCAGUAGUUUGCAUAACGCUCGAUACUUGUCUUUCUACUUGUGCUAUGCACAGCCCAUCUGAGUCUGCAACUCGGUCGCGGAGUGACCAAUCAUAUGCUCACAAUGCAAACCAACGCCAGGUACAAUUCACAGUUAAGCACCGCCCAAUAGAAGCCCUAUUUGUGAGGCAGGGAAGGGGCUUACACACAUAUCUCCUACGCUUUGAUCGGUGUCUUGCGCUUGAAUUAUACUGCGUCUGAUCCACCCACCACUCAAAGUUAAAACCUAUUGCCUAACUGCUUCAUCGCCGCGAUUCAGAGAGCCCUACAUGCAUAGGAAUGUAUCAAUCGGGAUGGCAUGUAGCACCUGUGGUAAGCAUCUUAUUAAUAUUACAGGCGGCUCUGCCCAAAACAGUAAUGGUCCAGCUGCUGUGGUGCUUCGCAUAUGUCCGGCGAAGCGACAGCCCUUAUGAGGGCCAUGGCGCACCUCACUCUCUAAUCAAACGCAGAUACAGCAUGGUGGCCGUAUCUCGUCCAGUCAUUUCGUCCCAUCAACUUAUGGGCCUUGUGUACGUUUUGACUGUCCAACGUUUACCAUUGUUAAACUUUGAUCAUUUCGUGCAGAAUUCAACUAGCUUCGCCAUUGCAUUCCACUGAGAAAUCAUGGUGCCAUGUGGGGUGCGAGACAUUAACAAGUCGCACUGACCGUCGAGAGAGGCCGGAGCCAACAAAAGAAAAAUGUGCCCAGUUUUUCGACCGGAAGGUUUCGGAUGACAUAACACAAGGGGACUUUUGGCAGCAGGAUACUUCGAGAGCCGACAUGAAGACUGCUUCGAUCUUGAAGAUCAUGAAGAUCUUCGUUGUGGGUUCUGUGUUGACGAAGGAUUUUGACUCGUC